UGGAAAAUAAUAUAUUAUGUAAACUUUAAAAACAUAUGUAACGUAUUGAAAUAUCUUGCAAUAUUAUAAUUAAUGUAUAUAUCACAUUUUAUUCUUAAACUAUCACCUUUAAGUCGCGGAGAUCUUUAGGGUUGUAUAUGUAUAUCUCUCUUCAUCCCGUUACAUGCAAAUUAACGUUUUACAUUUUUUAUUAAUUUAUGAUGUUAAAAAUUCUAAGUAUAUUAUAUAAAUGAUUUAAAAUUUGAUAUAUAUAUAAUAAUAAAUAUGAAAAUAAUAAUAAAAAAUGAAAAAAUGUUUGUUAGAUGAUAAACGGUGGCGCCGUAGGAACCAAGAAUAAACGGUCCUGAGCUGUGUAGACCUCCGUCCCCCGCGACGCUACGUCGUCGGUCGGUUCGGUUGCUCGCUCGUUCUCGUUCGUUUUCACCCCACUCCAACUCAUACGUCCCCGGUCUCUUAUGACCCCACCUGCCCCGUACCCAGAAACUUUACCCUCACCCCGCUACAUUCAGUCCCUCCCCCCGAUCCUCUCUCUGAUUCCGCCUUGCCUGCUGCCAGCCAGCCGUCCGUCCUUACGUCCGUCCGUCCACCGUUUGGAUCUAUGGUUGUGUCGGUGGAUUUCGUGACGUUAACCUGGCGGCCCUGAAAACGUUGGACUGACCGUACGAUUUUGACUACCCUUCUCGUUAGGGCGCGAAUGUAAGACGCGAGUGUUUUUUAAUCAUCGCAGCCACCGCACUGGAAUAUAUCAUAGACUAGUUCGGGAAUACUGCCGGGACUAUUGCCGUUGCUGCCAUUAUCACUACACAAAAAUAUAAGAAGAAUGAUAUCCAAAGAUAAAAUGCUUCGAUAGAUGAAGUAAUUUGCGCAACAACAUAAAAAGAUUAGAAAGAAACAGAAUUAUUAAUUUCAAAUGUAUGUAUUAUUAGAAAGUUUGUAUUAAAAAACGAAUGGAAACGAAACGAAAUAAAUACAUAAAGGAAGCAGAAGAAGAUUAAUGAUAGUGAAAGAAACAAUAGAAUGAUAUAUACUUUAAGAAGAAAAGAAUAUUGAUUUGAAUAUUUUUCGCACGACCAGUUUUGUGAUGAUUCGCAAAUGUGCGUAUGUGUGUACGUGAUUGUGUAUACGUUAAAACUGUGCGCGUAUGUUUCUCGUUCUGCCAUCUUGAAAGUCAUCCAAUUUCUUUCUCUUGGUGGCGCUGGCUCACGUGUGCGGGAAGCGUGCACGGUGCGUGCAUCGUACACGCACUGUGCUAAGUUGCUAAUAAACGAAGAAAUCUCAUUUUGAAAAUAACUGCAAAACAAAGAUUUAUCGAUAGCGAUAUAGUAAAACUGCGCGAUGAAAGCGAGUUUGUCGAUAAAUUUAUUUCUUUGUGGGAGUGAUAACGAGUGUCCUAACAAUAUUAAUAGUGAGAGCAGUAUCGGUAGCAACAACAAUCUCGGCAACAGUACACAUGACAUUAGUAACAGUAAGAAAAACGGAUAUGACAAUGGUUUUAACAGCAACAAGAAAUCACAAGUGGAAUAUAAUGUGCAAGUUAAGUGUAAGCCAUAUGGCAAUGAUGAGCAGUUGCAUUUCUGUGAGGUGUACUCGUACUGAUUGUGAGUGCUAGUAGAGAAAGAGAAAGCGGGAGACAGAGAGAUAGAAGCCACCAAGACUCUCGUGGAGAGCGGGGCACUGAAAGAUAUGCGGACCUUUGUGCGAACAGCUGAAGCGGAAGUUGUGAGAACAAGUGGAGUGCAACGCGCUCCACCUAAUCGGUGAUAGGGUCAGUCGGUUAAAAGAAGACAAAAUUGGCGUUCACAGCGACGGCAACGCGGCAUCUUUCGCGAUCACCUUUUCCUCAUCCCUUCCUUUUUCCUACUUCAUUUUGUUUCACUUCGUUUCCUCUCUCUUUUUCUCAAACUCUGACGCAAUUCAUUCGUUUAUUUUAUAUAUUUUUCUUCUCUUAGUUAUCGAUAGAGAGAAAAAAAAAAAAAAAAAUCUCGUCUUUUAUUUCGAUUGAAACUUUUGUAUAAUGAUACGCAAUUAAAAUGUUGGAAGAAUAAUGCAAAUGAGAAUUCGCCGUAUAGAAGCCGCGUCGCGUUUCCUUACAAUAAUAAAGAAAUCGUCGCUGGAGCAACAGCGGAAGAAAGAAAUUUGAAAAAUCGGUUAGAUUGUGUUCCAAGUGUAUAAUAUAUCGAGUGAUAUGGAACGCAUGAAAGUGUACGUAAGCUAGCAAGAAGAUAAAAAGCGGCGAAAGAGAAAAGAAGAGAAAAGAGGUAGCGUAGAGAAAAACGAACAACACGCAACAACGAAGAAACGAAGAGAAGACAGUAGUAGUAGUGUAAAGGAAACAGAGAUGAUAAAGAAAAAAAAAAUCUACGGAAGGGAAUAGCUUGUGAGAAGAAAAGCAAAAGUUUGCGCGACGUACAGUAUAAUGUGGAGUAGCGUGUUUCGCGAAAGUUUUUAAAAGUCGAUAUAGAAUUUAUAAAUAGAUCGGUUGGUAUACUCACAUAUGUGCACGCGUACGCAUGUGUGCGUGAUUACGCGCGCACAUGUACGUGAUUUUCACUCGAGACUGAAGCGGUGAAUUAUUCUCGCACGGAUCGACUACUCGUGGGGGAAAUUCGAGAUCCGGCUUACCUUCCACAGCUGACGUCAUUACCGUACACAAUGCGCUAGGAGUGAUGGAGACAGUGAGCAAGCAAGUCCAGGUAGUAAGCGGACUGGGGGUGGGGGGUCCGGUGGGCCCUGUGGGUCCAGUGGGGGCAGAUUUGCAUCACCAUCAUCAUCCUCACCCCCACUCCCAUCCUCCACACCCACACGCCCACCCCCACGGUCAUCCUCACGGACCCCAUGGCCACUCACUGGUCGGUGUAACGUCGACCCCUGGCAGGGGUCAGACACAACCACCGGUCUCGCAUAACCAGCAUUUACCCGCGAGGUCUACUCCGGUACAGCUGCAUAGGCCGGCACAAAGUUAUGUAAACAUCAAGAGCAGCAGUCCUGUGUCUCCAAGAACGAUAGGAGCAGGAGUGACGUACGUGCAGGGUGGUGCGGCUGCAUCUUCAGCGGCGGCGGCGGCGGCGGCGGGGACGACCGGAAGUGGAAGUGGCGGAGGUCCUUCAAUCGGAGGAGGCGGCGGCGGUGGCGGAGGAGGUGGCGGUGGUAUCAACAACGCCGGUGGCGCGAAUAGUGGAAGUGGAGUCGUUGGGACUGGAGCUGGUGGCGGUGCCGUUGGAAACGUAGCAUCGGUCGGAAAUGGUAGCAACAACGGUACCAAUAACAGUGCCGGCACGGGGAACAACAGUGGUGGAAACGGUGGUACAGUGGGUAGUGCGCCAGGGGGUUAUGUUGCCGUUCCCAUGGCUGGCGGUCUGCGGUACAUCCAUCCGUAUCCAUCGACGCCAACGUCGGCAUCGGUGCCGGCUGUAGCGACAAUGGUUACCUCAGCCUCGUCGGCACCGACUCCAGUGCCAGUUCCAGCACCCGCAGCCGCGCCUGUCAAUCCACCUACAGUUAGUCAAACGCCACCACCAUCGCUUUCGGGAACUGCUUAUGCCGCGAGAGACGCAUAUCGCAGCGCCACCACGAAUGUGAACGAGAGGAUUGCCAUCAGCGUGAGCAGUAGUCCUUUGUCGCAGAUUGGAGUCGAUGUUGGAGUAGUUGCGGCCGAAUACGCGGCAAAUAGCGGUAUAAGUAGUGGAAGAGGGGAGAGACCGAGGAUAUCUCUUUUACCACCUGCUUCGGUAACGCCGACACCUUCACCAACAGCACCAGGCUAUCAGCACAACAUGUCUGGAGUUAGAAAUUCACGAAUAGCCCUGAUGCCCGUCCAGCCGGAUCAGUAUUGCAAUCGUACAGCCGUUGAAAUGGCUAAUCUGCAGGAGGCGCCGCCCUUCAAGAAGAUACGCCUCAGUCAACCGACCCAGAUUCAAUUGCAGUCCCAAACGCAAUCUCGUUGUCAUAGUUUAUCACCCGCUGAUCCGUGUGUUAAGCAGGAGCACGUGGUGCAGUUGCAACAACCGCUUAGGAUAGAUACUAGGGAGCAGCCGGCAACAGAAGCGUAUACACCGCAAACUGAAGCGAUUUCGCCUACGCUUCCGGAGCCAAAUACGCAAGAAGAUGCACAGUUCAGAAGCACGAAGGAUGAUCUUCUGCAACAAAUUUCUAAGGUUGAUAGGGAGAUUGCAAAAAGGGAAUCUCAGAUAAAUAAGCUUCGGAAAAAAUUAAAAGAAUUGGAAGAAGCGGCUAACAAACCUCUGGAAGCUAGCGGUCUUAAACGGCAAGUUGAGGAACAGUCUCAGCAACCAAAGCAUCAAUCUCUGGCACAAAAAAUUUAUGCUGAAAAUAGGAGAAAGGCAGAAGAAGCUCAUAGACUUCUAGAAAGGCUGGGUCCAAAAGUGGAAUUACCUUUGUACAAUCAGCCAUCAGAUACAAGUGUGUAUCAAGAAAAUCGAACAAAACAUCAAACGUGUAUGAGAGCAAGGCUUAUAGCGAGGCUUCGACGUGAACACGCUGAACGCGCAUCUCUUCAUCGACAACAGUCACAAACGUACGCUAUUUUGGUACAGGAGUGGCAUCGUAAAGUAGAGCGAUUGGAGGCAACGCAGAAAAGGAAGUCGAAGGAAGCGAAGAAUCGCGAAUUUUUUGAAAAAGUAUUUCCAGAGUUGCGAAAACAAAGAGAAGAUAAAGAACGUUUUAAUAGAGUUGGUGCUCGUAUCAAGAGUGAAGCUGAUUUAGAAGAAAUUAUGGAUGGCCUUCAAGAACAAGAGAUGGAAGAUAAAAAGAUGCGUUCGUACGCAGUCAUACCUCCAUUAUUAUUGGAUACGAAGCAGAGACGAAUCGCGUUUCAAAAUCGUAAUGGUCUUCUUCAGCCAGAAGAGUUAGAAGCUCUUCAUAGUGAACGGAAGUUGAUCAAUGUAUGGAGUUCUGUAGAGCACGAAUUAUUUAAAGAAAAAUAUUUACAACAUCCUAAGAACUUUGGAACGAUAGCUCAAUCUUUAGAACAUAAGUCCGUUCCAGAUUGUGUGCAUCAUUACUACCUCACUAAAAAAGCAGAAAACUAUAAGCAGCUCUUGAGAAAGUCGCGGCAACGAACACGUUCUCGAAACAAUCCUAAUAAUAAAGUAAAUAAUACCAGUUCAAGUAUUGGAACUUUAGAUAUUUUAACUACGGGUGUUACGACAAGGUUGCAACGUGAGCAACAGCAGAAGACGCAAGAAAAUCCUCAAAAUAGUUCGGCAGCGACAUCAACUACAACGACGACGACGACUACGACAACGUCGAGUGUAUCAACGGCUGUUGCGACAACAAUAGUCACCACUUCGACAACUCCUUUAAGCUCAUCAACGUCGAGUAUAUGUUUAACGACAGAUUCUGUAAUAGCAUCAACGACAGCUACAACGACAUCUGUGUUGAGUACUACGACAUCGUCAGUCACGACGUCAUCGACGAUAACAAACGCGAAGGAUAAUAGAGAAAAUAAUAAAGAAAACAAAGAGAGUAAAAUAGAAUCGAAAGAAUCGCAUCUUAUCAAAGUGGAAGUGAAAGAAGAACCGCAAUUAAGUUCGGAAACGGUAUCAGGAAAGGACAUCAAAAUGGAGACGAACAACGUCAGUGGUGGUGGUGGUGGUAGCGUGGUAACUGCGAACAGGAUGAAGGAAAAGAAAAAAGAUAAUCACGCCACCCCUAUGGAAACCAGCGACGAGGAAGCCCAAUCGAUGGACACCAUUGAAGGUGGAAGACAGAUUGGUCCCCACGCCUGCACGGUUUGUCAAAAUAUCGUGGAAGGAAACACGCAGAGCAGGGCAUUGCCGCGAAGUCAAGCGUCCCAGUAUGGUCUGCGAGAGGAUCAGAUCGCACCCGGUGCGCGCGUGUGCAAUACCUGUAGGUGUAAGGCAGUUAGAGGACGGUAUACAGCGUGUCCAUUACCAGGUUGCCCGAAUUUGAACAACGCUUCGAAGACAAGAGUAAAAAGAUUGCGAGCUUUACCCGCAAAGUGGCUCGAUUUACCAGCCGAAAUUCGUGAUCCAAUUAUUCAAGAAUUUCAAAUACCAAGUAACGCGACAAAAUGUUGUUCGGCCUGCUUCAAUCGAAUAUCUCGUCGGUUGGCGCCACACCUAACAGGAAGUGCCGAGGUGCCCGAAGACUCGGCCGAUUCCCUUGCUCGGCAAUGGACGGACGAGGAAUUGGAACAGCUGAGGAGGGCCCUUCGGGAGCAUGGAACCAAUUGGGUGAAAGUUGCCGAACAAAUACCAGGGAAGACGAAUCAUCAAUGCAAGAAUUAUUACUUUGCUUAUCGGAAAAAGUUAAGCUUAGAUCAGGUGGUUGCAGAGUAUUAUCAAUCUCUAGGCGAGGAAAGGAGACCUUGUUUGACAGAUGAAGAAGAGAGUGGUAGCAGUACGAGUAGUUGUGAUGAAUUGGCAGUCCAUGAUUCAAGCGAUACGGCUAGUGCAGGCAGUCCAGCGAACAAUUUGUCCAGUGGUACACCGGGUACACCGGGUGCCACAGCAUCCUCGAAUCUGCCGAUAGCUUUCUCGCGAACGGCAGAUCAAAAACUUGGUGAGAAAUUAGCGGAUAUUGCUGUGGUAUCAUUGGUACCGCCGGUGAGCAUAGGUCCGUCUCAACAGUCUUCCACCAGUGGAAGUAGCAAUGCUGCUUCAGCUGGUACUAGAGAAGAUUAUGAUAGCUCCGCCACGGAGACGGCGGACGAAGGUCAGGGAGGUACCGAUUUAGAAAAUAAUGGUGUGGUUGUCACGUUGACAACUGCUAAUAAUCCCACAUCAUUGCAACAACAGCAUCAGCAAUCUCAUCAACAAGUUGCACAACCUUCGCAUUCACCACCAUCCACUACUAGCAACAACUCCAAUCCCCUCACCGUGAAGGAUCUUAUGCUUGGUGUUAUUGAGAUGCAAUUGAAACGUAAUCCUAACAGUCCAGCUGGUACCAGUGGUCCUUCAGUGUCAAUAAAUUCUGGAACACCAACGAUAUCGAGCAUAUUAAAAACGGAUCAUAGAAAUGAUAUUACAUUUGUGAGAGAAUAUAAACCGACAUCAACAAUGGCAAAUACUAAUAUGUCAAGGGACUCGAAUUUGGCUACCUUGUCGGUGGUAUCAGGUCCUCACCAUGGUCAUCGUUCUGCUUCUAGUCCUCAGCAAAUUGGUCAAAUGCAAGCAACAAUUACUCCCUGUCCACCCGCACCAUCGAACAAUCAGUCAUCUACAUCAGACAUACUUCCAAAGGAAGGUUUAGUUGUGAUGCAAGUACAACAAGCAUUACGGGAAAGUACCGAGGGCACUCUUGAUUUAAGCAUUAAAAAACCAAGGCAACAGCAAGAAUAUAAUCAUUCCCUUCAAACGCUUCAUAAACCACCGACGGUCACUCUCUAUCGGCCAGAACCUUCGAGUGCUUAUUAUCAUCCUCAUGCUCACGCGGAACAAGGUCGUGGCGCCAAAAGUCCAUUGGUGUACGCCUCGUCUCCACGACCUCAAGCACCUCUUACACCUAAAAUGAAUAAAGUCACGGUACCGCCACCACAUCCUAAAUUGUCGCCUAAAUUGAGCGCAAUAGUGACAACAAGCCAUAAAAGUGGUUCUAUCACACACGGAACUCCUGUGUCUAAUACACGUUACGAAGGUCUUCUUAGACAGAUGACUCCUCCGGGGAAUCCUGGCAGUGCAGCUGGAACACCUAAUUUGACUAGCGGUGCAGGGGCUGUGAAUGCACCCAGUAAUCAAGGACCUAAAGAAACGGGAUCCAUAACUCAAGGAACUCCUGUUCAUCCUUAUGUGGACAAGCGUGCACCAAUGUAUGAUUAUCAUAGAACAAUCAGGCAUUCACCUGUAACGACAGGCAACAUUCCUGGACAAGGUCAGACUCAAGCCGGAACAGCAGCAGUAGUAGUGACGCAUAGCAAUCAAUAUAAUUCUUAUUCGGGGCGACCACCUCCUAGCUAUACUAUGGAGCAGCAGCUAUCGUCAAGGCAAAUUAUUAUGAACGACUAUAUAACCAGUCAACAAAUGCACGCGCGAAGUCGAAGUGCUGGCACGUCUGAGGGUAAUACUAAGAAUGAAGGACCUUCGACGUUAUAUUAUACCAGCACACCCCCACCUCAAACCCAUACACAACCUCGUCAAGGUGUGAUACAAAGGCACAAUCCGCAAAAGCAAAUUCAUUAUCCGCCACCACCACCAGGACUGGAGGCAUUUUCCAGUUUGGUGGACGUUGCUGUACAGCAACCAAGUCUUCCGGUUCCUCAUCCACAUGGACAUCCUGCAUCUGGGAGUAGCAGUCACGAAGGUCUUGGUAAGACCAUGGCAGACAGAUUGUUGGCUGACCGUUAUGGGGAUAAACAUCGUUUAACCAUGCAUCAAGAUCAUAGAAUGGCAGUAGCUCAUCAUCAUCAACGUGAUAGAGAAAGGGAACGAGAUCUAGUUCAUUUGCGCGAGAAGGAAGAGUAUAGAUUACAGAGAGAGAAGGAGAUUCAACAACAGGAACACAGAUUGGUUCAGCAAAGAGAAAAAGAUGUGCAACAUGCUGAACACAGAUUGUCGAUACAGCAAAGAGAAAAAGAUAUACAACACACUGAUCAUCGUCUUACCGUCCAUCAACAAAGAGAAAAAGAGAUUCAUCAGCAGAUGGUAGUAGCUGCUCAACGUGAAAAAGAACAUCAAGAACACCGUUUGGCUGUACAACAACAAAGAGAGAGAGAUCUAGCACAUUUGCAACAGCAACAACAACAACAACAACUUCAACAGCAUAUUCAACAUCAACAACAGAGGAUGGAGGUUGAAAGAAGGCAACAUAUGGCUCAAUUGUACAGAGAUCAGCAGCAACAGCAACUUGAUAGGGAUAAUCGAUUAAUAAAUAGUGGAUUUACUCAAUCCUCUAGGCUUCAACAACCGCAACAAUCCCAGCAACAACAACAACAGCAGCAACAGUCAUCUUCUAGACAAAACCAGUCCUCCAAUCAACAACAAAAUGAGUCAGCGUCUACGUUAACUGCUGCCAGUCUGAUAGAUGCUAUUAUAACACACCAAAUUAACCAAAGUGUUGAAAAUACUGGUGGAAAUGCCCAGCCGCAACGACCUGGUGAUCGUCUUUUCCAGGUAACUUGUGGAUUUCACCGAGAAGCUCCAGUAGAACCUAAUGGGAUGGCUCACAGUCCUGCUGGCGAUGGAAAUGGUGGCAACAGUGGAGCUGGAAAUGCAGGUGGCAAUGGAGGUGGCAAUAAACCUAUUACUCUUGGAGAACAUGUUGAUCAUAUUGUUUCUAAAGAUUAUGGUCCUCCACAUUCCUCAUAUAGAUCGUAUAGUGGAUAUCAAAUCUCGGAAGAUCAGUGGAAGAGACGAAAAACUAGCGAACCCGAUUCCGUGAAGACUGGAGAUGAACGUCAAAUAAUUCGAGUUACGCAGCAACAAUCGCAGCAACAACAACAGCAGCAGCAGCAGCAACAACAGCAGCAGCAACACCAACAUCAACAGUCAGCAGCAUCGGUAGGAAAACAAUCGUUCCAUUCAGUCGAACCUGUUUCACCUCCAGAAGCAGGUACCAAUCACUAUGGGCGUCGCCUGUACGAAACAACCACUGCCACAUCGACUUCCGGAACUCCUUCCAAGCCUCAUCUGUCACCUUUGGAUUACGUAAAAAAUAAGAUCGUCGAAGUGAUGCGUACAUCUGAAGAUGAUAAAGGGGGUAACACAACCGAUAGAAAUGGAGGAAACAUCACAAGUGCGGAAAAAGAUGAGAAAAUCGGAGGAAAUGUGGAAAGUCCCUCAAGUGGAGAAAUGAUGGUGGACGAGACGCCGAAUAAAACUCCUCAACCACCUGCACCAGCGCCUACUACAACUUUUUAUCCGUUCAGUGCGUUAGGCGUUCAUACUGGCCCACCUCCUGCGCCACCACCUCCAACUUCUGGAUCUGCUUCUGUGACAAAAUCUGAACAAAUGCAAGCCGAACCAGCACCAUUGCUUUCUGCACAGUACGAGCCACUUUCCGAUGAGGAUUGAUAGUCUAAUAAGUUAGCAACGUGUGCUAAUCCACACGCUGUGGAAACGUUCUUCUUAGGGUAUUUAUGCAGUUUGUUCAUACUGGACGGAAGUCUUAUUCAGACUACAACAAUGAAUAUCGAAUAUUUCACAAUUACCAAUGUUUUUCGGGCGUUAGCCAUUGCGUUCUAACUGGUCGUAUCUAAUCAUAAUUUUUCUAAUGAUAAUUGAAUCGAAAGAAUUUCUUGUUUCGUUCCAUUUCGUUCGUUUGCUCACUUUCACUUUUUUCUUUUCCCCCUUUUUUUUUUAUCACGAACUUUAUCGUAUUUCCGAAAUGGAAAUUAUAAAUAACAAUGGUUUUAAAUAGAGUUUAUAAAUUUAUUUUAUAAAUUUCAUAAUUCCGUCAAUGUAUUCUUUUUAGUCGAGGAUCGUUUCCGUACUCUCAGUGUACAUGUAAAUGUGAUUAUUUUACGGAAGCACUAUUAUUUUUUUAAUGCUCAUCCAGCGUACGAGAAACUAAGUAGCAGCGUAAUUUUAAUUAUUAAUUGAUAUUUUUUUACGCAUUACUUAUCCUUCACGCUAAUAUGUACGUAAACGUUGUGUAUAAUUAUCAGCUAGAUUAAAUAUAAUUGUUUCCAUUUUCACGCCACUUAUUUUUGUUUUUUAAGAAAAUACUUUUUUUUUUAGAUAUCGUUAAUUUCUAACAUGGAUUUAUAAACCAUGAGGAUCUUUUAAUUUUAAAACGACACAGAACAAUCUACGCAUAUGUUAUAAUAAAAUUAUUAAAUCUAUUGAGGUACAUAUAUUGGAUCGUGAUAUUUAAUAUUUUUUUAAUGAACCUGAAAAAUAUAUAUAUAUAUAUAUAUAUGAAAUAUUUCUAAUGCAUUCUGCAAAAACUUGUGAAAAUGUUAUAUUAUCAUUCUAAACAAUUUUUAUGUUUAUAUAUAGAAAGAAAUUGUGCAUCGUACAAAAGUUCUCGAUCCUUUCUAAGGUUAGAAACAAACAUUAUUAUUGAAAAAUUCGACCUGUGGAACGUCCAGGCUAGCCCAAGUUUACAAUGGAGACGCUUUUUUGUAUAUAAAUGAAUGAUAUAUAAUCGUUAAAAAAAAUGAUACAACGCUAAAAAGGCAUACGUGUUUUUAUUUGGAAUGAGUCUGUGAUGUGUCUGGAAUUAUAAAAAAAUAGCUUCAACUGUUGUACCAGUGCGAAAGGCAUAUUAGCCUCAAAUUUGACAAGGAGUCAAUAUGAUUGACGUAAGAGACAUAUGAAAUGCAUUCUCGCACAUUAUUGACAGUGUGUACUGUCUUAAAGAGAUCACUUUAAAUAUUCUCUCCUUGGUGAAGUGGGUUUUAAACAAAACAACAAAAAAAAAAAAAGUAUAAUUCUAAGUGUUGUACAUAGUACACAAUAUUAAUUUUUAAGUUGAACAAGUAGGUAUAUGAUGGCUAGUUUAAUCGUAUGCUAUAUUGUAAGAAUCUAGACUUAGUAUAAGUGACGUAGCUAGCAUUUAGGAAUUAGACGCCAUGAACUGACUAGGGAAAAAAAAAAUUUCCCGAACUAUGUUCUCUUAUUAAUAAAAAAAAAAAAAAAAAAAGAGAUAAAAGAAAACGUAUACAGGCGAUUUUGAUUGAUGGAGAAAAUUAUCAUCCGUCAUAAGCGAAUGGAUGUGAAUUUUAUUUUAUUUGAUUGAAAUUAUAGAAUCUGAAUGUACGCUCUGACUAUCAAACAAACAAAAAUACAUUAUGCAAUUAUACAUAUUACAAAACAAAUUACAUUUUUCACUUAUUCACACAUAUAUACACAUGCAUACAUCGGUGAAUACACAUGUACACACAUGAAAAAUUUUUAUAUAGCCUAAUUUUAUAUUUGUAUGCAAAUGUAAGUUCAACCAUGCGAUCUGCUCCUUCAUUUAGUCACGCGACACUCAAAACGAGCCUUAGUCCCUUUGACAUAAGAAAAUUAUUGCUUUUUAUUGCAACAUUUGCUGCACCGUAAAUCGCUUCUACCAAACGUGUUACGACGAUAUACAUAUACAUGCAUGUAUGAAUGUAUGUAUGAUGUAUGCAUGUACGAUGGAUGUAUGUAUGUGUGCAUGUAUGUAUGUAUAUGCUUAAUAUAUACAUAUAUAAUUUAAUAUAUAUGUGUAUUUUCUUGUACUUUAUUUCAGUAUGCACUUUUGUGUUUUGAGCUUACGAAAGCUCUUGAGAAGUAAAAUACAUUCGGUCAGAUAAUGCGAGUGCCUCUACAUUUGCGCAGCCUAUUGUUAUGAAAUGAAUAUACAUAAUUUUGUUAUCUUUAUAUUAUGGGUCGCGGUAAUAUCAUUUUCGUUUCGUUUUACGUAUUCCAUUUCGUUUCCGCGAGGAUCAUAUCGGAGGAGUGUCCGAUAUAUAUGUACAAACUGCACAUACGUGAAACGUGUUCGAUAGAGAAUGUUUAAGUCGUAAUGUUGGUAAAGUAGAAUUCGUUUACAUUUGUGUAAAUACAUAUAUGAAUAUACACACAUAUAUAUAUAUAUAUAUGUAUGUGUGUAUGUAUGUAUGUAUGCUGAUUGUAUCGGACAAAAUCCAAGAAAAAAAAAAAAAUAAAUAAAUGUCUCGAAACCGAUAUUAUAAAAAAAAAAAAAAAAAAAGAUCUUACAAAAUCUCUUUGAUAUCAAUCACGAGUUGAUAAAAUAAUAUGAAAUUUUGAAAUUUGAAGAAGUUCUGUGUGUUGAUAUUUUUUUGAACAUUUUUUUUUAGCGAUUUCAUUUUUCUCGAAAGCAAAAAAAAUGAAAGGAAAAGUUUUUCCUACAAGACGUUCAUAUUGACUUAUUAGCACAGGAAAUACUCCGUAGUUUAUAAUAUAAAACAGUGGUAUACAUAAUAUAUCGGGACACUUCAGGAUUGCGAAUUCGUCGUUUACCUCUCGCGAGUUACACGUUACCGUCGUUUGUUUUUAGAGAGAAAGGGAGAGAGAGAGAGAGAAGGAGAGAGAAAGAAAUAACGGAUGAAUGCAAAUAAAUCGUUUGAUAAAACUGUGUCUGUAAAUAAACAAACUAUUAACCUUC